AUGAGUUGUCAUGCAUGCACACUCAGUCGUGUCCAACUCUGUGACUGUAGCUCGCCAGGCUCCUCUGUCUCUGGGAUCCUCCAGGCAAGAAUACUGGAGUUGCCAUGCCCUCCUCCAGGGGAUCUUCCUGACUCAGGGAUUGAACUUGCAUCUCCUGCAUUGGCAGGUGGGUUCUUUACCACUGAGCCACUUGGGAAGCCCCAGCAUGAGCUGUCAGUGGAAAGUAAAUUGGGGGGUGGGGGUGGGGGGGCAGGGAAUGACAGGAAUGAUUUUCAUGAGGACCAGGAUAUUUGCAUGACCUCGUUUACUUCCUGUUUACUCCAAUGA